AUGUCGAGUGGUGCGACUACGACCGGAGGAGCUGCUGGCGGCUCAGCAGCACUCCGAUUGGACGUCCCAUCAUGGGACGGAGAGCCCGACAAGCAGCUGGCAUACAAGUUCGACGUCGGGCUCUUCAGCAAGAGCUAUAAGAUGCAGGACAGGUACGUGGUGGGACCCCAGCUGGUGAGAGCGCUGGGGGCAAGAACACGCAGACUGGCACAGGCGUGCCCAGACAUCGACAAGAUCGACGAAGUCACCGACGAGGGCAAGCUGACAGGAUGGCAACGAGUCUUCGACUUCCUCUUGUCGAAGCUCGACCUGUCCAACGUGAACGAGAUGGGGAACUCAGCUGAGAAGUUCUUCAACAAGCUCCAGCGGGAGCCGGGUGAGGGCUUCCCCGACUGGACGGCGCGCUGGGAGGCGCACGAGCGUGACCUCGUGUCGCAGCUGAAGGCGGUGGACAGCUCGGACGAGGAGGUCGUCGCAGCGCCUCUGAGGACGUGGUGGUACCUCCGCCGAUCGCGCCUGAGCCCUGUGGCAAGGGGCGAGAUCACCGCUACGGCGGGCGGCGACUGCGACUUCGGCAGGACGUACAAGGCGCUGUGCACGAGGUACCCGCUGGAAGCGCUAAAGGAGAUCGACGGGGUCCGCGAGAAGAAGGACAGGCGCGCGGGGUUCUUCGGCGAGGCCGAGGAGGCCGAGCAGGAGGACCACGACUUCGAGGACAGGUCCGAGAUCGCGGACAUCGUGCACCAGCUGGUGAACUUAGCGGACGAGGAGGACUCGACCCUCUUCGAAGACUCCGAGCUUGUCGACGACUACGAGGACGGCCUCUACGCGGAGUUCAGGCAGCUGGGCAGGAACUUCAAGGACGCGAGGGACCUCAUCAGGAAGCUCAAG